GAGCACCUCACAUACUCUAUAUAUAUAAUCAUCUUAUCAGGCGUAAUUUCUCUCCGUGCGCUGAGAUACUUCUGCUAGGGUUUUCUAGGGUUUCUUGGCUCUCCAGCAGCAUUUGCAAACAUGGUGCUCCAAAACGAUAUUGAUUUGUUGAACCCACCAGCAGAGCUUGAGAAGAGGAAGCACAAGCUUAAACGUCUUGUUCAGUCACCCAAUUCGUUCUUCAUGGAUGUGAAAUGUCAGGGUUGCUUUAACAUAACCACAGUUUUUAGCCACUCUCAAACUGUUGUGGUGUGUGGCAACUGCCAGACGGUUUUGUGCCAACCUACUGGUGGCCGUGCUAGACUCACUGAGGGAUGCUCUUUUAGGAAAAAGGGGGACUGAGUUUGGCUCUGACGCAACAAUUUCAUCAUAGUUUUGUUUGGUUAUGAUGUAUUAAUUUUGGUACAACUUUUGAUGGGUUGACAAUGGGCUUAUCUGUGUUUUAAAGCUGAAGGUACUUGGUGUAGUGGAUUUUUUUUCAUGUUUGAAAGAUUUUAUUCUCCACCAGAAUUGCGGUUUUAUCAAGUAAACGCCUUUUCUUGCA